AUGAAAUACUUUUUGUUGGUAUCGUUGGGCGUCCUGCUCAUUUCAGGAUGGUCCCAUGCUCAAGAUGAGGGAAUUGGUGUUGGUACUGUUGAAGAAGUAACUGUGGACUCUGAUCUUGGUGCAUCCCGUGAAGGCUCACGCACAGAUGCGGAAGCGGUGCUCCGCGAGGAGGAGGCCAUCUCGCCGGAUGGCUUGAGCGUGGCGCAGAUGCGGGAACUGCGCGAGCGCGCACAGAACUUCACCUUCCAGACCGAGGUCAAUCGAAUGAUGAAGCUCAUCAUAAACUCUCUGUACAGGAAUAAAGAGAUAUUCUUACGAGAACUGAUUUCAAACGGAUCAGACGCGCUGGACAAGAUCCGUCUUAUGUCGCUCACUGACCGCAACGUGUUGGAUGUGAACCCGGACCUCAGCAUUCGCAUCAAAGCAGAUCCUGAGAAGCGGCUUCUGCACAUCAUAGACUCCGGCGUGGGCAUGACGCGCAAUGAACUUGUCAACAAUCUCGGAACUAUUGCCAAGUCUGGUACUGCUGACUUCCUUUCCAAGAUGCAAGAUGCUGAGAAGACGGACGCGCAGGAGAUGAACGACAUGAUCGGCCAGUUCGGCGUGGGCUUCUACUCGGCGUUCCUGGUGGCGGACAAGGUGACGGUGGUGUCGAAGCACAACAACGACUCGCAGCACGUGUGGGAGUCCGACGCCAGCGCCUUCAGCGUGGCCGAGGACCCGCGUGGCGACACGCUCCGGCGAGGCACGCACAUCACGUUGCACAUGAAGGAGGAGGCAGCCGACUAUCUGCAGCCGGACACUAUCCGAUCGCUGGUGAAAAAGUACUCUCAGUUUAUCAACUUCCCCAUCUACCUGUGGGCCUCCCGCACCGAGACCGUGGAGGAGCCCGACCUCGACGACAAGGCAGAUGACGCGGACGGUGAUGAGGAUGCACAGGUUGAAGAUGCAACAGAAGAGAAGAGUGAGCCUAAGAAGACAGAGAAAACAGUUUGGGAUUGGGAGCUGAUGAAUGACAACAAACCAAUCUGGACUCGCAAGCCAACUGAAGUGGCAGAUGAAGAAUACACUCAGUUUUACAAGAGCCUCACCAAGGACUCCUCAGCACCACUCGCUAGGGCGCACUUCGUGGCGGAGGGCGAGGUGACGUUCCGCGCGCUGCUGUUCGUGCCGCGCGUGCAGCCGGCCGACAGCUUCAACCGCUACGGCACCAAGACUGAUCACAUCAAGCUCUACGUGCGCAGGGUCUUCAUCACCGACGAGUUCAACGACCUCAUGCCCAACUACCUGGCCUUCAUACAGGGUAUUGUGGACUCUGACGAUCUGCCACUGAAUGUCAGCCGUGAAACUCUACAGCAACACAAACUCAUCAAAAUAAUCAAAAAGAAACUUGUGCGUAAAGCUUUGGAUAUGCUCAAAAAGAUCCCCGAUGAUGAAUAUGAACACUUCUGGAAAGAAUACUCCACCAACAUCAAGCUGGGAGUGAUGGAGGACCCGAGCAACCGAUCUCGGCUGGCCAAGCUGCUGCGCUUCCACUCGUCGCGUUCGCAAGACAUGACCUUCCUGGCGGACUACGUGGCGCGCAUGAAACCCUCCCAGUCGCACAUCUACUACAUCGCAGGCUCCAGCCGUGCAGAGGUGGAGAAGUCCCCGUUCGCGGAGCGGCUGGUACGAGCCGGCUACGAGGUGUUGUACCUGACCGAGGCUGUGGACGAGUACUGCCUGUCCUCAUUACCCGAGUACGAAGGCAAGAAGUUCCAGAACAUUGCUAAGGAAAUCUUCGAUCUUGAAGAGAGCGAGGCGCAGAAGGAGAGGCUGGAGGAGCAGAAGAAGCAGUUCGAGCCGCUGACGCGCUGGCUGGGCGACAAGCUGGGCGCCUGGGUGACGCGCGCCACGGUCUCGCGCAGGCUGGCCCGCUCGCCCGCCGCGCUCGUGGCCACGGUGUUCGGCUGGACCGGCAACAUGGAGCGCCUGGCGCUGUCCAACGCGCACCAGAAGGCGGACGACGCGGCGCGCAAGCACCACCUGUCGCAGAAGAAGAUGCUGGAGAUCAACCCGCGGCACCCCGUCGUGCUGGAGCUGCUGCGGCGCGUGCAGGCCGACCCGGACGACCCGCAGCUGCUGCGUGCUGCGCUCACUCUGCACCGCUCCGCCGCGCUGCGCUCCGGCUACAUGCUGCAGGAGGGGCAAGCCGUGGAGUUCGCAGAGUCUGUGGAGGACAUGCUGCAGCAGGCGCUGGGCCUGCCGCCGGACGCACGUCCAGAUGAGGACGAGCUUGAUGCCGACGCCGAGGCCGACGCUGAGGCCGAGGCUGAAGCCGACGCCGAAGCACCCGCCGACGACCACGACGAACUGUAA